AUGCUCCUCCGCCUGCUCCUGCUUUUUGCGCCGUGCGGUGCGGGCUUCGCUACCGAGGCGGUCAGCAUCAGCUUGCGGGGAAACUGGAAGAUCCACAACGGGAACGGUUCGCUGCAGCUGCCCGCGGCGGUUCCCGGUUGCGUGCACAGCGCCUUGUUCAACAAGAGGAUCAUCAAGGAUCCUUACUACAGAUUUAAUAACCUUGACUACAGAUGGAUCGCCUUGGAUAACUGGACCUAUAUCAAGAAUUUUAAACUCCACUCUGAUAUGAGCGAAUGGAAUAAAGUAAAUUUGGUUUUUGAGGGCAUCGAUACAGUUGCAGUAGUCCUGCUCAACAGUGUUCCCAUUGGCAAAACAGACAACAUGUUCAGAAGAUAUAGCUUUGAUAUUACACAUACAGUCAAAGCAAUGAACAUCAUUGAGGUGCGUUUCCAGUCACCAGUGAUAUAUGCGAACCAGAGAAGUGAACGUCACACUGCCUACUGGGUGCCCCCCAACUGCCCUCCACCCGUGCAGGAUGGUGAAUGCCAUGUCAACUUUAUUCGCAAGAUGCAGUGUUCCUUUAGUUGGGACUGGGGACCUUCUUUUCCUACCCAGGGCAUAUGGAAAGAUGUUAGAAUUGAAGCUUAUAAUAUUUGUCAUCUGAACUACUUCAUGUUUACCCCCAUCUAUGAUAACUAUAUGGAGACAUGGAAUCUUAAAAUAGAGUCUUCUUUUGAUGUUGUCAGUUCAAAGCUGGUUUCUGGUGAAGCAACUGUAGCCAUCCCUGAAUUAAACAUACAGCAGACAAACAACAUUGAACUUGAACAUGGGGAAAGGACUGUUAAGCUCUGCGUGAAAAUCGACAAGGCUGUUAUUGUAGAAACUUGGUGGCCUCAUGGACAUGGAAACCAGACUGGGUACAACAUGACAGUUACUUUUGAGCUGGAUGGAGGCUUACGUUUUGAAAAAUCAGCUAAGGUUUAUUUUAGGACAGUGGAACUUGUAGAAGAGCCCAUACAAAAUUCUCCUGGUCUGAGUUUCUACUUCAAAAUUAAUGGACUGCCCAUAUUUCUGAAAGGCUCGAAUUGGAUCCCUGCAGAUUCAUUCCAGGAUAGAGUAACCUCUGACAUGUUACGGCUCCUUUUGCAGUCUGUUGUGGAUGCUAACAUGAAUGCUCUCCGGGUUUGGGGAGGAGGAAUUUAUGAGCAGGAUGAAUUCUACGAACUCUGUGAUGAACUAGGAAUAAUGAUUUGGCAGGAUUUUAUGUUUGCCUGUGCACUUUACCCAACCGAUGAGGAUUUCAUGGACUCCGUGAGAGAAGAAGUCACUCACCAGGUCCGGAGACUGAAAUCUCAUCCCUCCAUCAUCACAUGGAGUGGGAAUAAUGAAAAUGAAGCGGCACUAAUGAUGGGUUGGUAUGAUACAAAGCCCGGCUACUUGCAUACCUACAUCAAGGACUACGUGACACUGUACGUGAAAAACAUCCGAACGAUCGUCUUAGAAGGAGACCAGACUCGUCCUUUUAUCAUAUCCAGUCCUACAAAUGGGGCGAAAACCACUGCAGAAGGUUGGCUCUCUCCAAACCCCUAUGACCUGAAUUAUGGGGACGUACAUUUUUAUGAUUAUAUGAGUGACUGCUGGAAUUGGAGAACUUUCCCCAAAGCUCGAUUUGUAUCUGAGUAUGGAUAUCAGUCCUGGCCUUCCUUCAGUACGUUAGAAAAGGUUUCCUCAGAAGAGGACUGGUCUUAUGAAAGCAGCUUUGCACUUCAUCGGCAACAUUUGAUUAAUGGUAACAGUGAAAUGCUUCAGCAGAUUGAACUUCACUUCAAGCUCCCAAACAGUGCAGAUCAACUACGCAGGUUCAAAGACACUCUUUAUCUUACUCAGGUGAUGCAGGCCCAGUGUGUCAAAACAGAAACUGAAUUCUACCGUCGCAGUCGCAAUGAGAUAGUGGAUGGAAAAGGGCACACCAUGGGGGCGCUUUAUUGGCAGCUGAAUGACAUCUGGCAGGCUCCUUCCUGGUCUUCUCUAGAGUAUGGAGGAAAGUGGAAAAUGCUUCAUUACUUUGCUCGGCGUUUCUUCGCCCCGCUGUUACCGGUGGGUUUUGAGGAUAAAGAUGUGCUUUUCAUCUAUGGCGUGUCAGACCUUCCCUCAGACCAUCAGAUGAUGCUCACUGUGAGAGUCCACACUUGGAGUUCCCUGGAGCUCGUAUGCUCUGAGCUGACGAACCCUUUUGUGAUGAAAGCUGGGGAGUCUGUUGUUCUCUAUAGUAAGCCAGUGCCUGAGUUGUUAAAAGGAUGUCCCGGAUGUACGCGACAAAGCUGUGUGGUUUCCUUUUACCUGUCAACUGACGGGGAACUCUUGAGCCCAAUCAACUAUCACUUCCUGUCCUCACUGAAGAAUGCCAAGGGGCUCCACAAGGCAAAUAUCACUGCCACCAUCUCGCAGCAAGGGAACACAUUUGUUUUUGAUCUGAAAACCUCAGCUGUUGCUCCCUUUGUUUGGUUGGAUGUAGGAAGCAUCCCAGGGAGAUUCAGUGACAAUGGUUUCCUCAUGACUGAGAAGACACGGACUGUAUUCUUUUACCCUUGGAAACCCACCAGCAAGAGUGAAUUGGAGCAAUCUUUUCAUGUGACUUCACUGGCUGAUACUUACUGA